AGAAAACGGAGUGUGUGCCCGUCGCCCGGCCAUUCCGCACCUUCCCGUCUCUGCAACAUUACAUGCGCUCCGUCUAUCCCGUGUGCGCGUGUGUGCGUGUCGCGUCUGUACACAUAUAUAGUGCGGCCCUUGAGCUGGUGAGUCUCCUGUCCGGGCUAAGUGCUCCUGUAGGAUACACUCGCUAGUCCUAAGGAAUCUCAAGCCCCGGGAGCCUAUAACCCUCAAAAGGAAAAAAAAAAAAGGAAAAGGAUUUUACGGCAGAGGUGAACAGAAACUCUUUCUAUUUAUUUAUUUGCGUUUUGAUCUGUCUCGGUGGUGAACGCAAAGAGAAGAUCAAGAAAAGAGAGAAAAACAUUUCAAAGGAAGAAGAAGGAGGAAAACCAAAAGGAGAUUAUACACUUAGAUAAAAAAAAAAACUCAUAUAAAAGAAGAGUAAGGAAUACUUUUAUACGUCUCGAUAUCCUGUUAAAAACCGUGCUUGGAAAUUCAGUGUAGUGUUCGGAGACAGCGCUGCAGAAUCGACAGUGGACAAGCGUGGUUUCUUAAGCAGACUUCAUGCUUGAUCAGGAUUUCAGUCGCAGCCUUUCGCCAGUAUUCGCCAGCGAGAGAAAUUGGUAUAGUUGGUUGUUUUCGAAAGAGAUUGCCAAUUAUAUUCACCCUUCACAUCUUAGAAAGGACGAUAUGAAACUAGUUGAGGGAGGCUACGGCGCCAUGGGGACGACCUCGCAGUACUGUCUGCGCUGGAACAACCACCGCAAUAACCUGCUGGCCGCCUUCGACCAGCUCCUGCACGUCGAGGCCUUCACGGACGUGACUCUGGCGUGCGAGGACGGCGCCACGCUGCACGCCCACCGCCUCGUCCUCGCCGCAUGCUCCUCCUACUUCCAGGCGCUCUUCGUCAACGCCCACACGGCCAACCACCCCAUCGUGGUGCUGAAGGACGUGCGGGCGUGCGACAUGCGGGCGCUGCUGGAGUACAUGUACCGCGGGGAGGUCAACAUCGAGCACGACGCCCUCCAGGGCCUCCUGCGGGUGGCCGAGAGCCUCAAGGUGAAGGGGCUCGUCGAGGAGCUCGGCAAUGAGACCAACGCCGCCCUCCGCCCGCCCUCGCCGCCGCACGAGACCUCCCACCCGCCCUCCACGCCCGUCGACGCCCGCGCCCUCCAGGACCUGCCGCCGCGCUCCAGGGUCGAGCCGCCCACCUCGGCGUCCGGCCCCUCCCCUCUGUCGGUGUCGAGCCACGAACAGGUGCGCGCCUCGUCGCCCACGCCCCCCUUGUACCCCCUGCCCCCGCCCGGCCACCCCCUACACCGCCCCCAGCCCCGCCCCCCGCGCCCUGACCUCCGCGACGCCCGCCCCGACCCCAGGGACCACAGAGACGCCCGUGAGCUAGACCUGCGCGGCGACGCCCGCGACCUGAGGGACCACUUGAGAGAGCACCUGCGGGAGCCCCUCCGCGACGCCCACAGAGACUCGCUCAGAGACUCGCUCAGAGAAUCGCUCAGAGACGUCCACCGGGACGCCCUGAGGGACCCGCGCGACGCCCACGAGCCGAGGGACGUGCACACCCCCGGCAGCAUGGACUCGGACCCGCCCCGGCCGCCCCUGUCGCUCAUCUCGCCCGUGCCGCACCUGGCGCCGCCCGGACCCGACUCGCCGCCCCACAAGCGCAAGCGCCCACAGAUGCUGCCGGAACCCAUGCUCUCGCCCACGCCCAUCCUCCGCACCGCCCUCGGACACACGCACGGCUUCCCGGGGCCCGACAUGAGCUCGCUCGUGUCCCUGGCCUCGUCCAUGAUGCCCCUGCCCGGCCUGCUCAGCUCGCACGUGCCCCACCUGCUGCCCCACGACCACCGCGACCACCUCGAGUCUCCGUACAGUUUGUCGCUGAAGAAGGAACAGCACGACGAGGAAUCCCGCUCGAUGUCCGAUAUCUCGCGCGAAGACGAACAGGAGAAGUCGAAGCUCGAAUCGCUGGCCAACGGACCCCUCCUGCCUGAGUUCAACCCGUACCACAUCGAUCCCAACGGCCCCUCCCACUACAGCAACUUCGUCAGCUACGUGCCCACGCCCAAGCCAGAGUGGAAGCGGUACAAGCAGUAUACGAAGACGGACCUCAUGGAUGCCAUCGAAGCCGUCCGGAGUGGCAUGACGGCGCUGCAGGCCUCGCGGAAGUACAAGGUUCCUUCCCGGACGCUGUACGACAAGAUCAAGAAGAUGGGCAUCAGCACCGUGCCCCGCCGCAUGCCCAGCAAGAAGCCCUCCCCCUCGAGCACCGACCUGGAGACCAGCACCGCCGACACGCACGCCCCGCCCGAGCACCACGACCCGGCUCCCAGGGACGCCAGGGACGCCAGAGACGCCAGAGACCCGCCCCUCCCGGAGCACGACAAGAGGCACCUCAAGAGCGUGACCAGCGACGACGACGACCACUCGGCCUCGGGCGCUCCCGUGGUCAUCGACGACGAGGACGAGUCGUCCUCGCCGACCCCGGGCUCCACGCCGGCCCUCGGGUCCUUCUCGCUCGUCGGACGCAAGAUGUACGAGAACGGCGCCGGGGAGUCCUCGGCCAAGCCCCUCGACCUCACCGACACGGAGUCGCUCCUGCCCAAGCGAGCCGAGAUCGAGGAGCGGGCCUAAGGCUGCGGCGGAGGCAGCGGAGUGACGCGUCCCUGUCCGCCGGCGUCGAGGCACGUAGUUCAAAUGGCCAGCGCUGGGCCGGGCCGCCCUUGGGCUCGCGCCUCUUAGCCAGCGCCAUCUUCAUUGCACUCAGGUUAUC